CAAGUGCGACGACUAGUUGUAAUGUAAAUUGAAAAGAUAUCUGCUUUUCCGCAUCUGUAUUUUAAUUAAUCAGGACGCCAAUUAGUCCUUCGUGUUAUUGAAUUACCGUUGUAACUGAAAAUAUUUAAGUUAAAAAAUUCGCUGCAACCGAACGAUUAACGAUGACGGACUCGGCAGUGGUUGAUGGAGGUAGAAUUGUAAAGAUGGAAGUGGACUAUAGCAGUAAUUGCGAUGCAAAAAUACCAGAAUGUAAAAAGUUAGCUGUCGAAGGGAAACUUCACGAUGCCUUAGAUCAACUUCUAGUUCUAGAAAAACUUACCAGAACGGCUUCGGAUAUGGUAUCGACGUCUAGAGUUCUUAUAACCAUUGUAGAAAUAUGUUUUGAAGCUAAAAACUGGGCUGCUUUGAACGAACAUAUUGUUCUCUUAUCGAAAAGACGAUCUCAAUUGAAACAAGCAGUAACAAAAAUGGUACAAGAGUGCUGUACGUACAUUGACAAGACUCCAGAUAGAGAAAUCAUGAUCAAACUCAUAGAAACUUUGCGUUCUGUAACGGAGGGAAAGAUAUACGUGGAAGUCGAGAGAGCAAGACUAACUCAUAGAUUAGCUAAAUUAAAGGAGGAGGAUGGGGAUAUCGCGAACGCAGCCUCGGUAAUGUUGGAAUUGCAAGUGGAGACAUACGGCAGUAUGUCCCGAAGGGAGAAAGCCUCAUUAAUAUUGGAACAAAUGCGCCUCUGCCUACUGAAGCACGAUUUCAUUCGCACCCAAGUCAUGGCAAAAAAAAUAAACAUAAAGUUCUUCGAAGAUGAAAAUGACGAUGAGACGCAAGAAUUGAAAUUAAAAUACUACGAAUUGAUGAUGGAAUUAGCACGCCACGAAGGCUGGUACUUAGAAUUGUGCCGACACAAUCGAGCAGUUCUGGAAACUCCAAGCGUUAAGGCUGAUGCCGAUAAAAGGCAUACAGCUUUAUCCAGAGCUGUUUUAUAUCUUAUUCUUGCUCCACACGAACCAGAACAAGCAGAUUUAACUCAUAGGUUGUUAGCCGAUAAGCUCCUCGAAGAAAUACCAAUAUACAAGGAGCUACUACGACUUUUCGUUAAUCCCGAGUUAAUCAAGUGGUCGGGAUUGUGUGAAAUUUACGAGAAAAAUUUGCUUGCAACGGAGGUAUUCUCAUCUGCCACGGAAGAAGGUCGUAAGCGUUGGGGCGAAUUACGAAAUAGAGUUGUGGAACACAAUAUUAGAAUAAUGGCGAAAUAUUACACAAGAAUCACACUGAGCCGCAUGGCGGAAUUGCUGGAUCUGCCAGUAGAGGAAACCGAGCAGUGCCUCUGCAAUUUGGUUGAGACCGGCGUAAUAAGUGCGCGCACCGACCGGCCCGCGGGUGUCGUACGAUUCACAAGGACGCAAGAACCCGCGGCGAUGCUCGACGAGUGGGCGGGAUCCCUGUCGAAGCUCAUGAGCCUUGUCAACAACACCACGCAUCUCAUACAUCAGGAGGAGAUGCUUGCCAGUGCUAAGGCGUAAAAAGGAAGACAUUUGUGAACUCGAGGAGCGCUGCUAUUUUUUUUUUUUUUCCUUUCCCCCUCCCCAUACUAAUUCUACCGGAGAAUCGUAUAUUUUUACGAAUUACUCGCGGCUUUUCUCUCUCCCUCAUUACCUAGCAGAAUAAAUUUACCAUUAUAACAUGUUAUUUAAUAAUAAAAAGUGAAAAGAAAAAUUCAA